AGUAUACUUAAGAUUUCUGCUUGACAGUUGACUUGCAACAUAGCUGGCCUGAUAACAUCAACAUCGUCACCAGUAUCGUCAUCAUCUCUAUAACGUCACUGGGCCUUCUCGAGCUUCCAUAAAAAAGGACUCGCGCUUUCCACAUCACGACUAUUCCUUUUUUUCUUCUUCUAUAGCCAACCUCCCAAACCAGCACCUCCUUCAAACCACCAAAACAAACCACAUACCAAAAAAAAUGUCGUCCCAACCGCAAAGACCCGCCGGCCCCGUCCGGACCCAGUCGGCCAGCAGCUUCGCCGGUGCCUUCGAUGUAGCCCGCCACAAACUCGACAAGCAGCUCGACAAGGAGAUGCGCAAUGAGCUCAAGAGCCUCGCCCUCGUAGAAUCAGACUCCUCCACACCGACCAGCCCCGGAUCUCUGGCAUCAGAUUCCGGCUCCGGCACCCCCAACAGCCCCGGAUCGCCCCUGACUGCCGCCCUCACCCCCCUCUCAGAUCCGGAUGUCGCUGAGGAGUUUGCGUUUGCGUUCGACAUUGACGGCGUCCUCAUCCGUGGAGGCAAGGUCAUCCCCGAGGCGGUCGAGGCCAUGAAGGUCCUGAACGGCGAGAACAAGUAUGGAGUCAAGGUACCGUACAUCUUCCUCACAAACGGCGGCGGCAAGACCGAGGCCGAGCGUUGCAAGGACCUCUCCGCCCAGCUCGAGAUCGAGGUGUCGACCGGUCAGUUCAUCUGCGGCCACACACCGAUGAGGGAGCUGGCCGAGGAGCACCGCACCGUGCUGGUGGUCGGCGGCGAGGGCGAGAAGUGCCGCGAGGUGGCCGAGGGCUACGGGUUCCGGGACGUCAUCACCCCGGGCGACAUCAUCAAGGCCAACGCCGCCACGGCGCCCUUCCGCAAGCUCACCCCUCAGGAGCACUCCAACUCGCGCGACCUGUUGGCCCGCACCGGCGGCGACCUGUCCAAGAUUGUCAUCGAGGCCGUCUUCGUCUUUGCCGACAGCCGCGACUGGGCCAGCGACCUGCAGAUCAUCAUCGACGUCGCCAUGAGCAAGGGCGGCCGCCUCGAGACCAGGUCCGAGACCUUUGACGAGGGCCCCCCAGUCUACUUCAGCCACAACGACACCCUCUGGGCCGCCCAGCACGAGCACGCCCGCCUGGGCAUGGGCGCCCUCCGCCGCAUCGUCGAGGUCGUCUUCUCCGACGUCACUGGCGGUAAGGGCACCCUUCGCGCCCACUCAUUCGGCAAGCCCCAGGUUCCCACUUUUGAGUUCGCUACGCGUCUGCUCCAGCGCUGGCGCGAGGACCGCCACGGCCUCACCUCCGGCGCACCCCCGCCUGAGACCGUCUACUUUGUUGGCGACACUCCCGAGAGCGACAUCCGCGGCACCAACGCCAUGGACGCCGUCAGCGAGAACGAGUGGUACUCUAUCCUGGUCAAGACUGGCGUCUACCAGGACGGCACCGUUCCCAAGUACGUGCCCCGCGUCACCGUCGACACCGUCUUGGACGCCGUCAACCACGGCAUCGAGAGGGAGAUGGAGAGGCGGAAGGCCGCGGCUCUGGCCGCACCGGCUGUUGCUGCUGAGAAGGGAAUUAAGAUGCAGCUGACCGAGCAGGAGAAUGCUGUUGAGCACCUCGAGGUUGUUGCAUAAGCAGGAGGCGAGACCUUCGUUUCUUUUUUUCCCUUUCGUCUCGGUGGUUUCCAAUUUGGUCUUCACUUCAAUCUUGAUACCACGACGGUUUUGCCCAUGGUGGCGGACCGCGAUUUACUAUCGCUCGCUCGAUUUUCCAUCUUAGCUUUUUUUGUUCUUAUUUUUUUUAUUGCAUUGUAUUGCUUUACGACGGACGAACUGGAGUCAUCGGGUAUUGGACUCGAAAAAUAUUUCAUUUGGGUUAUUGGCUUUGGGUUACCACAGGAUAGAAAACAGAUCAUGUUAGAAUCGGAGUUUUAUUUAUAUAUUGGGUAACUUCUGCUCACCUGUUCCAAUUGCACCGAGUGACUGCCAAACAUGGACUAUCAUCAUUGUGAAAACAUCCCUAAAGAUGACUAGCC